AUGGCAAAGCUUACACUUCUCGCACUAGCUUUCACCGCUCUUGUAGCUUUUGCUGCAGCCCACACAACCAUCGUCACCACCACCGUUGAGGAUGAGAAUCCGAUUCCAGUUCCAUCAUUUAUUCCUCCGAUUCCUGGUGUGACUGGGCCGAUGUGUCGCCUUAAGCUCCAAUUCCAACAAUUGGACAAGUGCCAGAUGUACCUCCAGCAAGGCCAGAUCCCUUACGAUGAACUGAACCGUGGUCAGUACCAACAAGGCGGCCAACUCCAAGAACAAAGACUCCAACAACAGUGCUGCCAACAGCUCCAAAAUGUUGAAAGCCGGUGCCAGUGUGAGGCCGUGAAACAGGUUUUGGAGAAUGUUCAACAAUUCCAGGGACAACAACAGGGACAGUUUGGUCUUCAGCACCAAUUGGCGGAGCAGAAGGCUCAGCGCCUCCCUCAACAAUGCAGACUCCAAGUCCGUGAACAAGAAUGCCAAAUCAGAGGAUCAUCAGGCGGCUUCUCUAACCCACAACAACAAUGCAGCCGCGUCCAAGGUCAAAGCUUCAACCAGUGCCAAAGGUUCAUUCAACAAGCACAGCAAGAAAGUGGGUCCCUCAUGAGGAUCUCCCGACAGUCGCAACAACUCCAGCAGCAACUCCAGCAAUGCUGCAAUGAGCUCGAGAAUGUUCAGAGGGACUGCCAGUGCGAGGCAUUCGAAGAGGUUUACAGGCAAGCCGUCCAGCAGCAACAAGGUGGCCGACAGCAACAACAACGCCCAUGGCAACAACAGGGUGGCCAACAACGCCCAUGGCAACAACAGGGUGGCCAACACCAACAACAACCAUGGCAACAACAGGGUGGCCAACAACAGAUCGGACAGGCGAUGCAGGCUAUUCGCGACCAGUGCAACAUAGAAGUGCAGCAAUGCCGAGUUCCAUCUGCAAUGUUCUGA